AUGGAUGAUUAUGGAAAUCCUCGACAGAGUGGACAAUACAACAGAAACUGUGAAAAUGGGAGAAAGCCAGCUUUGGACACUCAAGUUGUAGAAAGUAGGAAAUUUGAGGCUUCCAUUGAGCCAUCCAUCACUGCCAAGGACAGUAAGAGUCAGCAACCAAGGAAAAAUGAGGUUGCUGUGAGGGUAAAUAAACCAGAAACUGCUGAUAAUGGCCCUGUCAGACCCCCAAAAUCAACUAUGCAGCGAAAAAGCAAUAUGGAGCCAAAGAUGCAGCCAAAAAUAGAGAACAAUACAAUCCCAAAGAAGCCUCCCAUGAUUCAGAAAGAUAAAUCCAAGUUUUCAGAUGAAGUUGCAGUCCAAGUAAAGCUAGAGGCCACUAAGAGGAAACUUCAUGAGCGUUAUCAACAAGUUGAAAAUGCUAAGAGGCAGAGGACAAUACAAGUUCUGGAAAUAAAUGAUCUCCCCAAGCAAGGGGGUGGCCAACGAAAUUCACAUUUCAAACCUGGGAAUCACAAUAGGCAGUGGGCCAAUGCACGAAGAUAG